AUGCUGUUGCGCAUAUCUGUAUUAGUAGCGGUGAGCCUUUGUGGCUCCUGUAUGGAAAUGAGGGAAACUGUAGAGAGGAUGGUGAUGGUUCGUACAUCAGGGUCCGACCUUCAACCGGCGGCCACAGGAUACAUAUAUAAAAAGAAAAACGAUGGCGAAGAGAGCGUCAUAAAAAUGGGUGAAAGUGAGGUCAUGGAACAGUUGUCGAAAUAUUACAAACAACCCAAAUUAGCUGAUAAAAAGAGCGCUGACAUUAAAGAUGGUUCGAAGGACGAGCGUGUUAUACCAGUAUCGGAGGAAUCGGACGAGAAAGUCGAUGGUUUACAUGACGACGAUUUUAAAAAGAUCUUUGAAAAGUAUGGUGUUAGCUUUGACGAUCGCGAUGGACACGGACAUUACUCUCACGGAUUGGACUUUGAUGGUCAUUACUAUGGAUAUGGAGGGGAUAAGGAUAAUAAGAAGUUAUACGACAAUUAUAAGAAACAUUAUACAGAUGGCGGCAGUGGUGACUAUCAUAACGAAAAAUAUUCAAGCUACACCCAUUCACACCGAGGAAAAGGGGAGAAAGAAAGCGACGAGCAUGACAAAUACAACAACGAAGAUGAAGUAAAUAAGCAAGAGAAAUCGGAUGCUCAUAAUGAAGGUAUCAGAUUUCAAAAAGCAUAUGAGAAUGACCAAAAAGAUAGAAAACUAUAUGACAAUGACGAUGGAGUCAAAUUCGCGUUCUAUAAAUACGGAGGCAGCAAAUAUCACGGAGAUGAUGCAGGACAUAAACACGACGAUUCCCAUGAAAGUGGUGACUUCGGAAAAGUUCAUGAAGAAAUCCACGGAGCCAAAAAUUCAGCUGAAGAACAAGAUGACAAAAAACAAGAUUACUACAAAACUGAUGGCGGAAAAGCUCACGACAACAGCUACGGCUUCAAGAUCAAUCAUUAA